GUGCGCAUGCGCUUGGCCUAACGGGACACGUCAGGUUCUGGAGCUGUGGGGUCGCGCGAGCUGCAGGAGUUCAGUAAAAAAAUAUAAAUAAUAAUAAUAAUAGUAAUGGCGAAUUCGGUGAUUUCUGUGAUCUCCAGGUUUAUAGGGGAGUACGCCAACAGCACGUCGGCCAAGCUCAAGCUAGUGGACGCGUAUUUGCUGUAUAUCCUGCUCACAGGCGCGUUCCAGUUCCUUUACUGCCUGCUGGUCGGAACGUUUCCGUUCAACAGCUUCCUGUCCGGCUUCAUCUCCUGUGUCGGGUCCUUCAUCCUGGCAGUUUGCCUGCGUAUCCAGAUUAAUCCUCAGAACAAAUCAGAGUUCUUGUCCAUCUCGCCGGAAAGAGCCUUCGCCGACUUCCUGUUUGCUCACACCGUGCUCCACCUGGUCGUCAUCAACUUUGUCGGGUGAAAAAACGCCCCCCUAAAUUACAGGAUUGACUGAAGAGACGUGACCAAACCCAGAAGUCACAUUUCACCUUUGAUGAACCAUAAUGAAGAAUCGAACGCAACACGUGGUGUUCCUUGAUUAGUAACGCAUCAUGUCACUUAUCUUAAUUACCCAGUGCUACAGUCCCUCCAUAAACAGAAAAACCUUGAUGAUUUUGUUAUUCUUUAGGUUAAACAUGGGACAGAAUGUUUAGCAAUCAUUAUUCUGUCGCCUGGUUGAAAAACACUUUUGUACUUGUUGAUCUUUACAAAUAAAUAAUGUAAAACAAAAUA